AUGGGCGAAAUUUCAAUCGUUAGCCCAAAAAGUGUAACCUUAGCCCUCCGUCGAGGAAGGUUUCAAAAGAUAAAAGAGACGGUGCGAUUGCUACUGUCGAAGAUAAAGAUGUCUAGAAUACCGCAGAUGAUACUGGUGUCAAUGAAGGCUGCCGUGCACAGACAAUGA